CUUUCUCUCUCUCUCUCUUCGUCCUCCCCUUCUCCGUCUAAUUUGUUGUUGGUGGCGCACCAUUAUAUAAUCUGGUUCAUCAUCUGCUUUGGUAUUAUACUUAAAAUUUGUUUUAUUAAUAAAUUUACGUUUCUCGCUUAACCGGGUUGCUCGUACUUUUCUGUUGAUGCAUUUUACGUGGAGAACAGAACUUCUAAGCUAUUAAGAUAUUCAACCAAUCUGUAAGAUUACUUUCCACUUCAUAUAUACGCAGUUCCGUUUCGUACAAUUUCUUUUGGCAGAAAAGAAACCCGGAUAUAUACCCGUUGUUUAUUUUAUCCUCUUGAAUUAUAAACUUUAAACUUAUCAACGAGACAUAUUUCACCUUUUAUUUCUCUCAACAGGUAUUUUAAAUACAAUAUGGAUUGUAUAAUGGUAUUUGGAAUCAUCUGUGAAAAUAAAACAAAGGUUUCUCUUCUCUAUGCCACACAUACAAUUUCCAUUAAUGGAUUUACAUCACACGUCAACAUCGAGGCUGAAUAUAUAAAUGAAAGCCAACACAAAACAGAAGCUAAGUUUGUUUUCCCUGUGGAAGAAGACAGUGCCGUAUAUAAAUUCGAAGCUAAAAUUGGUGAUGUCCAUUUAGUUGCCAAAUCUAAAGACAAAGAUGUUGCCAAAAAGGAAUACAAAGAAGCUGUAGAUAAAGGUCAGUCUGCCAUUUUGUUGCGAGAGACAAGUACAUCUGGUGAUAUUUUUGAGUAUAGUUUAGGUAAUAUUCCAGCAAAUGAAAAGAUCCAUUUACAAAUAUGCCUUGUUUCUGAACUUUCUUGUGAAGUUGAUGGGGCAGUGAAAUUUCAUAUGCCAUUUGUGCUUAAUCCCAGAUAUGGUCUUAAACCUGCAGAUGAAAAUUAUCAAAAUGCACCUAAACCAAAAGAGUUUAGUUUCAAUGCCUCCGUCAACUGGAAUUCACAAAUCAAAGACAUCAAAUCAGAACAUCCAGUUAAGGUGGAAUAUCAGGAUAACAAGUGUCAUGCUACUGUGAGAAUGGCAAAGGAAUUCAAUUUUGAGAAAGACCUUCUUCUGCAAGUGUACUAUGAAGAUGUAGAAAAACCACAAGUAAUUUUAGAGAAAGGAGAUGAGAAUUCUAAAGGAAUGUUUUCUAAAGAUAUUAUGAUGAUAAAUGUGUUUCCAGAACUUCCGCAAGUAAAACAAUCUGCCGCUAAUGACUAUAUUUUUGUUAUUGAUUGCUCAGGAAGCAUGAGUGGAGAGAAAAUUGAAGCAGCAAAAGAUACCUUGUUACUUUUCUUAAAAAGUUUACCUUUGGGUUGCUCAUUUAAUGCUAUCAGCUUCAAUAAUGAUUUUGAAUUUCUGUUCAAAGAAGGAAGCCAAGAAUAUAGUGAAGAUUCUCUGAAUGAAGCAUUGAAAUUCCAGAAAAAUCUAUAUGCUUCAGGAGGAACAGAAAUUCUUAGUGCACUGAAAUCACUCUCUGACAAAAAACCAUUUCAAAAUUUCCAUCGACAAGUAUUCUUAAUAACUGAUGGUGAAGUCUACAGCACAAACGAUGUCAUUCAAUUGGUCAAGUCACAAGUAAACAACACACGAUACUUCACAAUUGGUAUUGGUUCUGGAGCUUCUACAGAAUUGGUCAAAGGUAUUGCCCGCGCAGGGAAGGGACAAGCAGAGUUUGUGAUGACAAACGACAACCUUAAGGCAAAAGUUAUGCGUUUAUUAAAAUUGUCAAUGCAACCAUUUGUAUCUUCGGUUUGUCUCUCUGCUAAACAUGGUGAAAACAAUAAAGAAUUAUCCUUUAUUUCAGUUCCAGAAAGGCUGCCAUGUAUUUUCAGUGAAGAAAAAUUAAUCCUUUAUCUAGUUUUGCAUGAAGCUGAGACUAGUUGCAAAAAUGUGAAAUUGAAUCUUUGUGGUAAAAUUGGUGAAUCAGACUUUUCACUUGAUUUUGAAGCAAGGUUGUUGGGACAGAAUAAUAAGGAAAUGACAAUACACCGUCUUUGUGUGAAAAGGAAAAUACAGGAAUUGGAAUUAAAUGAAGAUUUGGGUAAAGGUGAUGAAAUAAAAUCAGAGAUUAUCGAUUUGGGUACAAUGGCUAAUUUAGUUUCAAAGUACACAAGUUUUGUUGGUUUGGAUGAACAUGUUCCAGAUGCUAUUCAAACAGUCACUAUGGCAUUUACAUUUAAAGCCACGCGUUCUCGUAGUAAGAAUGUUCCUGCAAUAGUAAGAAUGUUCCGUAAGUUUUACAACAGAGUUUUACAACACUCUAUGCCAAAGCCAGUACGUCCGAGAGAAGAUAUAGCUGGAAUGUAUGCUUCCAUAAAUAAUUCCUUAAGUAUAAAUGCUGAGAAUUCAAGACAGUCACCUCACUCAGACUUAACCUCUUCAAAGGGAACAAUUAAGGACAUUUUAACAGGUUUGGUUGAUCUACAAGCUUUCUCUGGUUUCUGGAAUCUAGAUGAUCAAUUGGCUCAAGCUCUCAAUAUUUCUCUUAAGGAUCUGAACGAUGAGAAUCCAUCUGUUAGUGAUAAAGUAUGGGCUACAGCUCUUGUUGUUGCUGUACUAAGAGAAAAAUUAGCUUCCCAGCACUGUGAAUGGGAAUUUAUUGAAAAGAAAGCAAUUGUGUGGCUGGAAUCUCAGAAUAUACAACCACUGUAUUCAGAGAAGUUACUAGAAAAAGCUACAAACUUCAUAAAAAACAAAAUGGUUGCCUAACAAUUUCUGUUUAUUUCAUAUUUUAAGACUUUCACUACUGUAUAACUGAGAAAAAUACCUUAACAUUUUAACUUGUAUAUCAUUACUUUUACUCAGCUAAUUCCUGUAACAGAUCAAUAAACAAAUAUUUUAUAUAUCUAUACAGCUGUAAAAUAUAAUAAAAUAUAAAACCAUAAUCCUUA